AUGAACUUCAUAGGGAAGAUUGAUAGAUACCUGGACUCACUAAAAGUUGGUAAAAGUACGCUUGUAGACUCAUGGUUUAUGAUGUCCAGUCCAAUGCCAAUCUUGGCUGUGGUCGUAUCAUACCUGUUCUUCCUUAAAAUUGGAACUCGACUGAUGAAAAACCGCACUCCGUUGCAACUGACCACGAUAGUUAGCUACUAUAACGCUGGUCAAGUGGUACUUGCCACUGUACUAUGUAUUAAGGUGUUCAAGUUGAACCUUUUUAAAGAUGGUAUUAUCUAUGCAGGGUGUCGAUAUCCGUCGAAUACUCAAAAUCCUUUGCUCCUGGACUUGGGCUGGUGGUAUUUCUUCGCUAAAUUCACAGAACUUUUGGACACCGUUUUCUUCGUUUUGAGAAAGAAAGACAAACAGGUGACAUUCCUCCAUGUAUACCACCACGUUGUGAUGGCUCUCUAUUCUUGGAGCUAUCUCAAAUUCGCUGCUGGAGGUGAAGGAGCCGUCUUGGCACUUCUCAACUCGGCUGUGCACAUCGUCAUGUAUUCAUACUAUUUCCUAUCUGGUUUGGGUCCAAAGUUCCAGAAGUAUCUGUGGUGGAAGAAAUAUGUGACCAAAAUGCAACUGAGCCAGUUCAUUUUAAUGCUUGUGUAUUGCAUCUGGACGUACUUCUCACCGCAAUGUCAAUACGCGGCCGGAUUCACUUACUUCAUAUCUUUCAAUGUCAUCGUAUUCUUGCUGCUUUUCGUUAAUUUUUACUCAAAAAGUUAUAAGAAAGAUGCAAAGGAGAGCAUUCAAAAUGGCCACAACAAAAUGAACGGGCAUAAUAAAAUUAAAAAUACAAAGAUGGCUAUUAAUGGUACAAAGGUGCCUUAUGAUAAGUUUGGAGUAAAAUCUGAUAAUGGUGUAACAAGAAGAUCAGUAAAGGAAUCGAGCGGACCAGAUUUUAACUUUAGGAACUUUGAAAAAUGA